AUGCCUGAAAGUAAAUAUUCUAGCCAGAUUACCAGUAUGAAGGAACUAAAACAAAAACUGAACACAUUGCAUAACGAGCAAUCGGAUGAAGCGCCGCUGCAACUUACACCAUCGCACUGGGAAACCAUUUAUUGCAACAUCAGUUGUGUGAUGGAACAGCUGAAAAUACAUAAUCUGAAAGCGCAACAACUUCAACAGACCGAACCCUGGUCCGAAAAGGAUGUGGUAAACUUGAUGAAGAUUCUUGAGCUGGCAUACAGUUGUUUCAAGGAUUGCGCUUAUAUCAACCUACACGCAGACAAUUGCGAUGAUGCUAGCAGUCCCACAACCCAACAACCCGUGUUUGGUGAGCAAAUGGCCAAACUAAAGCAACAGAUCGAUUUAACUUCAUUCGAAAUAACCAAGCUACGAACGGUUAAAGAGGCUCUCGACAAUAUUUACUCCAAUUAUAAUAUUGAACUUGCCGUUUCAUCGAGUGAUCAGGAUAACGAAGAGGAAGAUGAUGUAUUCAUGUGA